GCGCCCCUGUCUCCUAUUCCUCUCUGGGUAUGGUGAAGGAGGGGUAGCUGACAGCAGGUGAAAAUAGAGCCUGGCCUUCAGGGGGCAAGUCAAGGCACUAGCUAUGGGGCCUAAGCCAGGUCAACUCUCCCUCCAGCUGGCCUCCUCCCUACUCCUGUGCCAGAAGCCUGCCCUUUAACUUCAGGUCCUUCUACCUCGCAAUUUUCAGGGACCCUAGUUCAAGUCAGGCCUUCCUACCCUAGGUUCUAGCUUUGGGUGCUUGUUGGAAGGUAGUGACCCCCACCCCAGCGGCAACAGGGGGCAAUCAAGUGGGCAGAGGCCUGCAACCAGGGAAGGGAGGGGAAGGCGCUCCUGCUGUUCCGCAGGGGUGGGGCAUCCCCCUCCCCACACAACCCCCCUCCAGCGGGCCAUCAGGCCAGUGGGAGGAGCUGCCCGUGCCCCCCCUGAGACCGCAGGGCUAUAAAGCCGCCUCGCAGCUGUCUGCGGCUCCUUCCCAGUCCCCGGCCUAGCUCUGCGAACCGUGACUGCCCAUCCUCGGCCGCAAUGAGCCACCACCCGUCGGGCCUCCGGGCCGGCUUCAGCUCCACCUCAUACCGCCGCACCUUCGGUCCACCGCCCUCACUAUCCCCCGGGGCCUUCUCCUACUCGUCCAGCUCCCGCUUCUCCAGCAGCCGCCUGCUGGGCUCCGCGUCCCCGAGCUCCUCGGUGCGCCUGGGCAGCUUCCGUAGCCCCCGGGCGGGAGCGGGCGCCCUCCUGCGCCUGCCCUCGGAGCGCCUCGACUUCUCCAUGGCCGAGGCCCUCAACCAGGAGUUCCUGGCCACGCGCAGCAACGAGAAGCAGGAGCUGCAGGAGCUCAACGACCGCUUCGCCAACUUCAUCGAGAAGGUACGCUUUCUGGAGCAGCAGAACGCGGCCCUGCGCGGGGAGCUGAGCCAAGCCCGGGGCCAGGAGCCGGCGCGCGCCGACCAGCUGUGCCAGCAGGAGCUGCGCGAGCUGCGGCGAGAGCUGGAGCUGUUGGGCCGCGAGCGUGACCGGGUGCAGGUGGAGCGCGACGGGCUGGCGGAGGACCUGGCGGCGCUCAAGCAGAGGUUGGAGGAGGAGACGCGCAAGCGGGAGGACGCGGAGCACAACCUCGUGCUCUUCCGCAAGGACGUGGACGAUGCCACUCUGUCCCGCCUGGAACUAGAGCGCAAGAUUGAGUCUCUGAUGGAUGAGAUUGAGUUCCUCAAGAAGCUGCACGAGGAGGAGCUGCGAGACCUGCAGGUGAGUGUGGAGAGCCAGCAGGUGCAGCAGGUGGAGGUGGAAGCCACGGUGAAGCCCGAGCUGACGGCAGCGCUGAGGGACAUCCGCGCGCAGUACGAGAGCAUCGCCGCGAAGAACCUGCAGGAGGCGGAGGAGUGGUACAAGUCCAAGUACGCGGACCUGUCCGACGCUGCCAACCGGAACCACGAGGCCCUGCGACAGGCCAAGCAGGAGAUGAACGAGUCCCGACGCCAGAUCCAGAGUCUGACGUGCGAGGUGGACGGGCUGCGCGGCACGAACGAGGCGCUGCUCAGGCAGUUGAGAGAGCUGGAGGAGCAGUUCGCCCUGGAGGCGGGGGGCUACCAGGCGGGCGCUGCGCGGCUCGAGGAGGAGCUGCGACAGCUAAAGGAGGAGAUGGCGCGGCACCUGCGGGAGUACCAGGAGCUCCUCAACGUCAAGAUGGCCCUGGACAUCGAGAUCGCCACCUACCGCAAGCUGCUGGAGGGCGAGGAGAGCCGGAUCUCCGUGCCCGUCCAUUCUUUUGCCUCCUUAAGUAUAAAGACGACUGUGCCUGAGGUGGAGCCUCCCCAGGACAGCCACAGCCGGAAGACCGUUCUGAUCAAGACCAUUGAGACCCAGAAUGGGGAGCAGGUGGUGACAGAGUCCCAGAAGGAGCAGCGCAGUGAGCUGGACAAGUCUUCUGCCCACAGUUACUGAACCCCUUGGUCCAGAGCCUUGACUCUGCCCUAGGCCUGCUCUAAGCCCAAACCCUAAGACCACUCCUGAAUUUUCUCUUCUCCCUCUGCAUGUGUCUAAAAGGUGGUGCGAGGCAUCCCUUUCCUGGCUUAUGGCCAAGCCCUACCCGGCCAGCAGCCGCUGGGCCUCUCCCUGCCCUGACACUUGAUGUGACCUAUGUGCUUCCCUUUUCAUGUCCUGAUAAGAAGCCAGUGAUCCCCCCCAGGACAAAUCUACUCCAGCCACGAUGAGAAGUGGGUGAGCCAGGGUCUGAGUUUCACAUUUGAACCAAAUAAAAUGCUGUCAAGAGAAAA